AGUGACUAGUGUCCCUUCGGGGACAUCCGAUAAAAUUGGAACGAUACAGAGAAGAUUAGCAUGGCCCCUGCGCAAGGAUGACACGCAUAAAUCGAGAAAUGGUCCAAAUUUUUUUUCUUUUCUUUUUUGCCCUUAAUCUAGACACUUAGUUUUACGAAAAUACCCUCCAAACGCUAUCAUUGCCACUCGGGCUUUCCUCAUUGCCAUUGGAAACCUCUGGGUUCCCAAGAGGAACUAGAGUCAUACAAAGUCAUUUUAGGCUGUUGAUGCAAUGCUAGCGGCACGGGGUUUGGAUAGGUUUUUGCGGAAUAGCAAAUUCUUGGUUGAUAGGAUUGUGCCAGUCAUGCCAAUUUUGGAGGAACCACAUGGUGUUACCAAUCACUCAACAGUUGGAGCUGAUACACUCAAGAGUCAUGAGUACACAAGAGAGGCAUUCUUACAGAUAAAACAAACAAGGAAUGUCUAUCGGAGAGAUAUGAUAAAUGGGGUGCUUGCAAGCGUUGGUGGGAAUUAUCAGGCACUUGGUAAUGCUCAUAGUGCUUUGUGUUCUGUAAAUCGUCCUUAUAGCACAGUGGAGUUCUCAAAUAAGUUUCUUAGAAGUAUUCCAGGAUUUGUGAAGAUAGUGGAGGUUGGUCCAAGGGAUGGAUUGCAAAAUGAGAACAACAUUGUACCCACUGCUGUAAAGGUUGAGUUGAUAAAAAUGCUUGUUUCUUCAGGGUUGCCUGUUGUUGAGGCCACAAGUUUUGUUUCACCAAAAUGGGUACCACAGCUAGCAGAUGCAAAGGAUGUAAUGGAAGCAAUUCGAAAUGUUGAAGCUGCCAGAUUUCCAGUAUUAACUCCUAAUCUUAAAGGUUUUGAAGCAGCUGUUGCUGCUGGAGCCAAGGAAGUAGCCAUUUUUGCCUCAGCAUCUGAGGCUUUCUCAAAGUCAAAUAUUAACUGUAGCAUCAAAGAUAGUCUCACUCGGUACUCUGACGUCACUCUUGCUGCUAGAAAGGUCUCAAUUCCUGUUCGUGGAUACAUAUCAUGUGUUGUGGGGUGUCCCGUGGAAGGAGUUGUACCUCCAGCUAAAGUAGCAUAUGUGGCUAAAGAGCUCUAUGACAUGGGUUGCUCUGAAAUUUCCCUUGGCGAUACAAUUGGUGUUGGUACCCCUGGUACUGUUAUUCCAAUGCUUGAAGCUGUUAUGGAUGUUGUCCCUGUUGAUAGGCUUGCUGUCCACUUUCAUGACACUUAUGGGCAAGCUCUGUCAAAUAUUCUAGUAUCUGUACAGAUGGGGAUCAGCACAGUGGAUUCAUCAGUUUCUGGUCUUGGGGGUUGCCCUUAUGCCAAGGGUGCAUCUGGAAAUGUUGCAACUGAGGAUGUUGUUUACAUGCUACAUGGACUUGGUGUGAAAACCAAUGUGAAUCUUGGGAAGCUCAUGUUGGCUGGGGAUUUUAUCUCUAAGCAUUUGGGACGUCCAUCUGGUUCAAAAACAGCGGUUGCCUUGAGUAAAGCCACAUCUCAUACCUCCAAGCUAUGAGGUACUAGCUCUAGAUCAUAUUACGUCUCCCCAUUUUGUAAACAAGUUUUAUUUCUGUACACAUCCUACUUUGGGGAUUGUAAUAAACAUUUAUUAAACUUCUCAAAAAAGAAAGAAAGUAAUAAGCAUGUUUUGCACUUUGGUUCCUUA